UAAGUAAUUUGAAAUUAAUCGAGUAGAAGUGAAUUAUAUUCUAUUGUAAGUUUUUAUGUUAUAAGUGAGUGGUUGAGUUGUGCUAUGUUAAUUGCUCAUUUUGUAGAAACUAUGAAUAAUGCUCAUUUUCAAGCGCUAUUAAAAGUACAACGUGUGUUAAAAUUUAAGCGCCAAUAUGAGCUCCAAAUCAGAUCAAGAACUACGUCAAAGGCUUAUCGCGUUAGGCUACAAUCCGCCUCCGGUUACCGACUCAACUCGCGGUUUAUUAUUGACAAAAUUGCAGAAACUCGAGUCUAGUGUUCGACCUUCAAAUUCAUCUUCGAAUCCGCCUUCGAAUUCGUCUUCGAAUCCGCCUUUGAAUUCAUCUUCGAAUCCGCCUUCCAAUCCACCUUCGAAUAACAUCAACGAUAUCGAUAGAUUGGAAGCGAGAACUCGUAAAACACGCAGCACCAAAACUCAAGAAUCGCCGGAAAAAAUAGAGUAUAAAAGUUUCUCCACCGAUAAGUCACCGGCUCGUCAAACCAGAAGUAGAACUGAAGAAAAUAAUUACGAUAAAGUCGAUUCAACAGCAUCGAUCAAGAAGAGUAAAACGUCUACUCCUUUCAACGAAACUUUUUCGUCACGUGAUCCCUUUGAGAGAGGUUCUGAUUCGGACGACUCCGUAUCGCAUUCAGGACGUCCAACGUUAGCUCGAAAACCUCUCGGUGUAAGACGAGAGUCGCAGUAUUACAUUAACCGAUCUCCUACUAGUGUUUACCGUAAUUUCGAUGCCGACAACGGAGCAGCGUCCUAUCUUAAUCGAGAUAUCUAUCGUCCAAAAAGCACCAGCAGUCUGUCUUGGUAUCAAAAAUUGAACAAAAAAUUAUCCAAUUCUUUUAACAAAAUUACACCUUCGUGGAUCCCGGUAGGAUUCGUACUAUUUUUCGUCGUCGUUGCUGGUAUUUAUUUCAGUAAAAAUGACCGUCAGUAUGGUGAUCUCUUGUUGGAUGACGUCAAAUAUUUGAAGUGUCACGAUAGAUCGACGUCGCAAGAACCAUGUAUUCCGGAUGAGGAGGUCGAAGGUUCGUUAAAAUGUUUGAAAACUUUGUACCAAGAGCUAUGGAAAAUAGAAGCUAGUCAGGUAUGUGGUGCGCGAACAACUGCUCUGAAAAAGCAUUAUCUAACGCCGGAAAACUUCACCGAAUUACUGGUUUCUGAAAAGUACCUCUUACGAUACGAAGCCGGUAAAAUGCUCAGUAAUGUAAAAACGCUAGCUAAACGAAAUCCCCAAAUCGGUAUAGUUUACGAAAAGGCUGAAGGCUUCAGAUUAGAGAAAGUAGAACUACCGUGGAAAUGUGUAUUCGCUUCUUUUUUUUUUGACCUUUACGAAUACGUAUCUUACGUUGUACUUACGGUGCUUUUUUUGUAUUCUACGCAUUUAUUAGUUCGCUGGGGGCUAAGUUAUCGUGAAAAAAAUGCUAAAGAUAAAGCCGAUCUUUUGAAAGGUAUCGUAGAAAUAUUACAACAAAUCUCCAUAACUAAUCCGUCUCAACCAUUUCUACCCAUCGUUCACGUACGUGAUCAGCUGAUCAACAACAAAGAUCGCGAAAAAAAGAGAAAAAUGUGGGCUGAAGCGGUAAAGCACAUCGAAGAAAACGAAUCACGUAUACGAAAAGAAGUCCAACCGUAUCAAGGUGAAGAUUACGAAGUAUGGAGAUGGGUAGGCGGACACCAGUUAUCGCUACCGAAACCUAAAACAUGGCACGGCGAAGCAUUUGAAACAUCUAAAGACACGAUGAACACACCGAGCACAAGUCCAACACCUUGCUUGAAAAUUCGUAACAUGUUCGAUCCCAAAAAUGAAUCCGAUAACGAAGACUGGAUUACUAGAGUUGAAGAUGCUAUCUUGGAGCGUUGCGAAGGUGUUAAAGUCAUUCACAUUGCUGUUGAUGGCACAAAUCCCGAAGGUUGUGUUUAUGUGAAAUGUGCUUCGACCGAUGAUGCUGGCAAAGCGUACAGAAAAAUGCACGGCGCUUGGUUUGACGGUAAAAUCGUCAGUGUGAAAUAUUUGAGAUUAGAACGAUAUCACGAACGAUACCCAGCAUCGGUCGGAUUAACUAAAUCUCUGAGCCCGUCAAAUGACCAGAAAAAAUCUAUCAUUUAGAGUCAACGAUUAAACGCUAAUGAUGUAAUCUCAAUGUAUCGUCGGUACAUGUUUUUAAAGGAUAUAUUUAUUUAAAUUGUAUUUAUUAAAUCGUUAGUGUAGUUUAUGCGUAAGAAAAUAAUCAUAGGAUGUAUUUUGAGAUGAAUCGCUUUCCUUGUAAUUUGUAAAUCGUAUCUUCGAAUCUUGUGUUUUAAUAUUUUGUGCGAUAUUAAUAUUAUAUUUUUAUAUUAUGUAAGAUAAUUUUUUUAUCUAUCUAACCUAUCAAGCGCUUAUAUGUAUAUGUUUUUUCAUUAAUGAUUUUUGUUAAAUUAUCACGUAUGAAUAAAUGAAUUGAUUUUUAAA